AUGGCGCCGACCAAGGACCUCCGUCGUGCGGAACUCAUCGUUCCGUACCAGGAGCCUGUUUCCAAGGGCGACAACCCCGAGUUCAGCUCGACGUUGUCGUCGACGAUGCCGAUGGCCGCCAUGUUUACGCGCAACAAGUUUGUCGGCUGGGCCGGCGUCGUCUUUUCCAUCCAGAACUGGCUCGGCGAGAGCGCCGAGGCCAAGAAGAACGGCACGCCCGGCUACUUCAACGUCGGUCUUUCCGUCAUGGCGCUGGGCGUCACGUACAUGCCUCUGUUCAUGCCCCCGCCCGAUCGCUCCGGCACCGCCACGGGUGCGCCUGCGCCGGCUCCCGCGUAA